AAGAUGAAACGCCAUAGGACUCUCAGUAGCAGUGAUAGUUCAGAUGAAAGUCCUUCUACUUCCUUUAUUUCUGGAUCAAUGUAUAAGAGCAAAUCAAAAAUUCAAAGUGAACACAAGAAGCCUGCUGAGGUAUUUCGGAAGGACCUCAUCAGUGCUAUGAAAAUUCCAGAUUCUCACCAUAUUAAUCCUGACAGCUAUUACCUCUUUGUGGAUACAUGGAAGGAAGAAUGGGAAAAGGGAGUCCAAGUACCAGCCAGUCCAGACAGUAUUCCUCAGCCUUCUCUCAGGGUUACCGGUGAGAAGGCAAAGGAUGUUCUGUUUGUCCGACCACGGAAAUACAUUCACUGCUCCAGCCCAGAGACUGCAGAAACUGGCUACAUCAACAUCAUGGAGUUGGCUGCAUCUGUAUGCCGCUAUGACUUAGAUGAUAUGGACAUCUACUGGCUUGAGGAACUCAAUCAGGACCUCGUACAAAUGGGUUAUGGACGAGUUAAUGAGGAUCUUAUGGAAAAGACAGUAGAAGUUCUGGAACGCCAUUGCCAUGAAAAUAUGAACCAUGCUAUUGAGACAGAGGAGGGGCUAGGCAUUGAGUAUGAUGAAGAUGUGAUAUGUGAUGUGUGCCGGUCUCCAGACAGUGAAGAAGGGAAUGAUAUGGUGUUCUGUGAUAAGUGUAACAUCUGUGUACAUCAGGCCUGUUAUGGCAUCCUUAAAGUCCCUGAAGGCAGCUGGCUAUGUCGCUCCUGUGUCCUGGGCAUUUAUCCUCAGUGUCUGUUAUGUCCAAAGAAAGGUGGAGCCAUGAAGACUACUAGGACAGGUACUAAAUGGGCUCAUGUCAGCUGCGCCCUUUGGAUUCCAGAGGUCAGUAUUGCUUGUCCUGAGAGGAUGGAACCAAUCACAAAGAUAUCCCACAUUCCACCCAGUCGAUGGGCCUUGGUCUGCAGUCUCUGCAAAUUGAAGACAGGAGCUUGUAUUCAGUGCUCAGUAAAAAGCUGCAUCACUGCCUUUCAUGUCACCUGUGCCUUUGAGCACAGCUUAGAGAUGAAGACCAUACUAGAUGAGGGAGAUGAAGUUAAGUUCAAGUCAUAUUGCCUCAAGCACAGCCAAAACAGGCAGAAACUGGGAGACACUGAGUACCCUGUACACAGAGCUGCAGAGCAGAACCAGGCCAAAAGCGAGAAGAUAAGCCUACGGGCACAGAAGCUUCAGGAACUGGAAGAGGAGUUCUAUAACCUAGUCUGUGUAGAAGAUGUGGCCACAGAACUGGGGCUGCCCAAGGUAGCUGUUGAUUUUAUAUAUAACUACUGGAAACUGAAACGGAAAAGCAACUUCAAUAAGCCACUAUUUCCACCAAGAGAGGAUGAAGAAAAUGGCCUGGUACAGCCAAGAGAGGAGGGUAUUCACACUCGCAUGAGAAUGUUUAUGCAUCUACGUCAAGACCUCGAGAGGGUCCGAAAUCUAUGCUACAUGAUAAGCAGACGAGAGAAGAUGAAAUUAUCACAAACCAAAAUACAGGAACAGAUCUUCAGUUUACAAGUCCAACUUGCUAACCAGGAAACUGCUGCAGGACUACCUUUGACAAGUGCACUAGAAAAUUCACUUUUUUACCCACCACCAAGAAUUACCUUAAAGUUAAAAAUGCCCAAAUCAGCCUCAGAAGACUGCCAAAAUAGCUCCACAGAGCCUGAUCAAGGAAACCUCUCUCCUGGCAGCAACUCCCCUAUUCACAGUGUAAGGAGCACCCAGGAACCAUUAGAAAUGAGAAUGAAAUCAUACCCGAGAUACCCACUAGAGGGCAAGAGUCACUGUUUGCUGGCCAGCCUCAGCCAUUCCAAGAGUGAAGCAAAGGAUUCCAGUCCUGCUUGGAGAACGUCUCCUGAGUUAUGUCAUGGGCAGUCAGUGGGUAAGCCUCUGGUCCUUCCGGCUGUCAUGCAUGGACAGUCCUCUAUUGGAAAUGGAAAAAAUCAGUCUAACUCCAAGCUUACCAAAUCCAAUGGUGUGGAUGGCAGCUGUUCAGGGGACGUCACCCAAAAAGACAGCUCCAGUGAAACAUUCUGUGACCAUGAGCCUGUGCUCAUCUCCCACUUAGCCAGUCAGGGCAGCUUUAGAAAAUCCAGUGUGGAACACUUUAGUAGGUCAUUUAAGGAGGCCACCAAUAGGUGGGUGAGGACCACAGAGGACGUCCAGUGCUAUGUAAAGCCUACCAAAAAUAUUGGCCCCAACGAGCAGCACUGGGGCAAGCAUCAUGCUAGAAAGUCUGCAGGAAAAAUUCCAUAUCAAGAAAAUGAUGGCUAUUGCCCAGAUGUGGAGCUCAGUGAUUCCGAACCAGAAAGUGAAGGGACUAAAGAGAAAGUCAGGGUAAAGAGAGAGAGCUCAGACAGGGAAAAUCCAUCCCGUGAUUCAAGACGGGAUUACCGAGGUAAAAGCAGGCUACAUCACCUUUCUCAUAGUUCAAUGCAGAGGUGA